AAUCCCGUCAUACACAACGAGUUAGAACAAACAACAGUGGGAAAUUCUUGUACACCAUCAAAAUCAACACAAGAGUCACUGAGUGAGUGAAGCGUUACACCCAAAAAAAAUAAAACUUCCAUUUUCCCUAACCCUUCAAAUCAAAUUUCGUAAUAUCAAAAUUACACUCUUCGAUUUCCUCACAUCUUUAACAAAUCUCUUCUCGAUUCAAACCUAAUCAAAUAAAACCCUCAAACACCUGUAGAUCUGUACAAAACACCCUCUCAUCCUCCUCAAAUUUUCCUCCUCCAAAUUUUCUGUCAAAAUCCCAACCCUACCCAAUUUUUUUGGGGGAUCCUUGUAGUUGUAUGAUACCCGUAGAAAUUUCACUUUUUUCUUCUCAGAUUUCGUUAGUUUAGCCUUUCAUUUUAACCCCAUUUCGAGAAAUCAUCGUUUCGUGGGGUUCGGCUCUAGUUCCCUUUUCAGUGACCCAGAAGAAACCCUAGCUUCUUAGGUUUGAGUUUAGCUUCUUGUACAUUUUUUCGGGUAGAAAUUCUUUUGUUUUUGAAUCUGUAGGAUGAACAAUAGAGCGAGAUACCCACCUGGGAUUGGGUUAGGGCGAGGUGGUGGUGGUGGUUUGAACUCGAACCCUGGGUUUCAACAGAGACCACAACAACAACAGUAUGUGCAGAGACACAUGAUGCAGAAUCAGCAUCCGCAACACUACCAGCAGAAUCAACAGUAUCAGCAGCAACAGCAGCAACAACAGCAGCAGCAGUGGUUGAGAAGGAACCAGUUGGGUGGUACUGACACCAACGUUGUUGAGGAGGUUGAGAAGACUGUACAGUCUGAAGCAGCCGACCCUAGUUCACAAGAUUGGAAGGCAAGACUAAAGAUUCCACCACCUGAUACUCGCUAUAGGACAGAGGACGUGACAGCAACUAAAGGAAAUGAGUUUGAGGAUUACUUUUUGAAGCGUGAGCUGCUAAUGGGAAUAUAUGAGAAGGGCUUUGAAAGGCCAUCCCCUAUCCAAGAAGAAAGCAUUCCAAUUGCCCUUACUGGUAGUGACAUUCUUGCUAGGGCUAAAAAUGGAACUGGCAAAACAGCUGCAUUUUGCAUUCCUGCAUUGGAAAAAAUUGAUCAGGAUAAUAAUGUUAUUCAAGUUGUUAUACUGGUUCCAACACGAGAGUUGGCUUUGCAAACAUCUCAAGUGUGUAAAGAGCUUGGAAAGCAUUUGCAGAUUCAAGUUAUGGUCACAACUGGUGGUACCAGUCUAAAAGAUGACAUUAUGCGUUUAUAUCAACCUGUUCAUCUGCUAGUUGGUACUCCAGGAAGAAUAUUGGAUCUUGCAAAGAAGGGUGUCUGUGUUCUGAAAGAUUGUUCCAUGCUUGUCAUGGAUGAGGCUGAUAAACUCCUCUCCCCAGAGUUCCAGCCUUCAAUAGAGCAGCUGAUUCAAUUUCUUCCCUCAAACCGUCAAAUCCUGAUGUUUUCAGCUACGUUUCCUGUUACUGUAAAGGACUUCAAAGAUAGAUAUCUUCGUAAGCCAUAUAUCAUUAACCUUAUGGAUGAGCUAACUCUGAAGGGUAUUACACAAUAUUAUGCAUUUGUGGAGGAGAGGCAGAAAGUCCACUGCCUAAAUACUCUUUUCUCUAAGCUGCAAAUAAACCAGUCAAUCAUCUUCUGCAAUUCGGUGAAUCGGGUUGAACUCCUUGCCAAGAAAAUCACAGAACUAGGGUAUUCAUGUUUCUAUAUUCAUGCGAAGAUGUUGCAAGACCACCGUAAUAGAGUUUUUCAUGACUUUCGCAAUGGUGCCUGCAGGAAUCUUGUUUGUACUGAUCUUUUCACUAGGGGAAUUGAUAUCCAAGCAGUGAAUGUUGUUAUUAAUUUUGAUUUUCCCAAGAACUCAGAAACAUAUCUGCACAGGGUUGGUCGAUCAGGGAGGUUUGGGCACCUUGGUUUAGCAGUGAACUUGAUAACCUAUGAGGAUCGUUUCAAUUUGUAUAGGAUUGAACAAGAACUUGGCACUGAAAUAAAACAAAUUCCUCCAUUCAUUGACCAGGCUAUCUAUUGUCGGUGAUUGGUGUAAAUACUUUGGUUGUGUUCUCAACUGUUGUGUAUAGCAAUGCUUGAUGUGACUGUCGCGCAAGCAGGUGUGAAUGCGCUGCAUGAGGAUGCACUAUGGAAGUUAGGGUAUUGUUAGACCCCCUUGUUGUUAAUUUCUGCUUUUAAGAGCCCUGGAACAGGAUUAGGACCUGAAGUUUAAUAAUUGGUUUUUAAAUGCGAGAUGAUAGAUGCUGGGUCCGGUUUGGGUUUUUGUGGAUUGCAUUUGCAAUUGUGGUUGUUAGUAACUAUUAUUACUCUAGAUUUUCCCAUUUCGUCCAUAAACUGUUUAGGAAUGUGACUUACUGUGGUGAUUCCCCCUUCCUAUUGGCUAUUCCAUUACGACAUUUGAGUCUUGGAUUUGUCAUUGUUCACCCUAAGAUUUUCUUGUUCCAAUGGGAGUGAGUUUUCACCAAUGUUGCUCGUAUUAUGUUUGCAUGUUUCAUUGCGAAGAUUGUUUAUCUGCAUUUUUUUGGGGUAAUGUAUUUGAUAUUUGUGUCAA